AUGGCCAAAGGGAGGCGCUUCAAUCCACCUUUGGACAAGGAUGGAAGAUGGUUCCCUCACAUCGGACUAACGCAGAGGACACCGGAAUCCAUCACAACUGCUAUGUUAAAAGAGCCUCAGUGUCCACAUAUGUCUCGGCAAAUGGAAGCAAAGCUACCACCAAUAUACAGAAUCCGGGAGAAGCAAGCAGUAAAUAACAACUUCCCCUUCUCUGUUCACGACAAUCGGCACAGUUUGGGGAACACUGUUUACUACUUUGACUCCGGCCUGGGACGUAAGAAGAUCUCCCCCGAUAGAAGGCAACACCUUUCAAGAAAUUUCAAUCUUUGGGCAUGUGACUAUGUUCCAUCUUGUGUUGAUGGUUUCUCAAAUAACCAAAUAUCGUAUGUGUAUAAGGAAGCUGUGGUGGUCCCAAGUUUCAGGCGCUUUCCAAGACAUUAUAAUGAGAUAUGGAGAUCUUUCAAAUUUAUCCCUGAGCAAAGAUGCUAUACAGAGUUUCUGCAGAAGAAGCCAAAAGUAAGGUUUACUAUUGACGGAAACACUGUUUCUUCACUGGACCCUUAA